UUGAACGGGGCGCGCGGCGCGGCCUACACCCGGUGACGGCGGAGCCGGAGCGGCCCUCCCGAGCCGCCCGCCUGGUGCCAGGAAUGAAGCACCUCAAUGGAGCUGAUGCUGCUGCCCCCAGGGACAACUGGGAGGGCAUCGAGGAGCUGCUGGCCCAGCUCUGGGCCUGCCUCUCGCCAGCCCUGACCGAUGCCUCCGGUGCCAACCCCUCAUCGCGGCUGCGGAGGAGCCAGGCCUGUGACCGGGUGCUGCGGGUGUGCGUGGAGCAGAUGGGCAAGGCUGGUGGUGGCCCUGAUGCCGUGGGCAGGCUGCUGAGCGUGGCUGAGGCUGCAUGCCAGGGGUACCUCAAUGCCAUCCCACAGCCUGCACCCCUCUACCUGGAGAAGAUCCUGUACCACCUGCUAAGGAACGUGGCUGCUCGUGGUGCUGGGGCAUGUUGGAGAGCAGCUGAGCUCCUCCGAGCUCGGCUCUUGGCCUCCCGUCCCGGCCCCCUGCCUUCCAAGGACUUCAAGGCCAUUGCCUGCAGCAGCUUCGGCUUGCUCUGGAGAGGGGGAGCCUCCCUGGCCGAGCCCUGCUGGCCGCAGGAGGAGGCUCGAGCAGGGCUCUUGGUCCGCCUGCGAGCCCUGCGCUUCCUGCUGCUGCUGGAGGAGGAUGGGGAGGCCUUGUCCCUGCUGCAGCCUCCCUUCUUCACCUCACAGACAGCCCAACAAGCUGCUGCUGCUGCUGCCAUGUACGAGGCACAACCGGAGCCGUGCUCGGCUUUCCUCGCCCAGCAGCUCGGGGACUGUUUGCUGGCAGUGCUGAGGAAGGAGGCGACGGAGCCCCCGAGCCUCCAGCAAUGCCUGUGCUUCUUUGAGCUCACCCAGGAGCGGUGCCGGCACCUCUGCAGGGGCAGCCGGUACAGCGAGGCCAAGGAAGCAGUGAAGGAAGCCAGGGGCUUCCUGGGGGACAGCAGCAACACAAAGUCCUUCAGUGCCCCCCUAACCCUGCUGCAGACCGGGGUGCAGCUGAGCCAGGCUCUGGCUGAGGAUGCUUGCCCAACAGAGCCGCUCUUCUCACAGGCUGCAGCUGCUCUCAGGGAUGUGGCAGAGCUCUCAGAGCAGUUCCUCAUGGUGUUGGCUGAGAGCUGCCAGUUCGUCAGCUCCGUCCUCAGUGAGUGCAUGAAGAGGAGCAAGCAGCAGCCCUUCAGCUUGGGAGAUGUGCUCGACCUCUGUGCCUUCACCCAGGGGAGCUGCCGUGUCCUGCACAGGCUGCUGGACAGGGUUCCUCCUGAAGGUGUCAAACAGAAGCUGAUGGUGAAGCAGCUCCUGUACCGCAGCCUCCAGCUCUUUGCCAACGUGACCUACGAUGCCCUCCAGUGCUCCCAGCCAUUGCAGGGCUGGCCAGGCCUGGAGCAGCUCCCAGCAGGCUGCAGGAGGAGCGUGGAGUGGAUGCUGGAGGCACUGGAGGGGCUCCCUGAGAGCGAGCAAGCCAAGUACCUGGAUGUCACCGUGUCGUGCACCUUCAAGCUGGCGUACAUCUUCUACAGCCAGAACCUUCACGAGGAGGCCAGCUCCAUCUGUGAGCCCCUCUGCAAGGGGCUGCAGGCACUGGAUGCCUAUGAAUGCCCAGAGAUACCCGCAGAGAGGCUGCACAAGUGCUUCAGGCUGCAGGUCGAGAGCCACCGCAAGCUGGGCUGGCCAGGAAGGGCUCUGGCCUCUGUGGAGCAGUGGCUGCUGGCGCUGCGGGGCCGCACUGGGGACCUGCUGGCAGAGCCCAUCUCCCUCUGGGUCCGAGUCAAAUCCGAGGCUGGGAAGCAGGGGCACGAGGAGCUGCGCUUGAGGACCCUGAAGGACGGCUUGAAGGGGCACAACCUGCCCACGGAGACCUUGGUGACUGUUCUCUUUGCGGAGCUGAAGGCCUACAAGACAGUGCGAGCAGACACGGGGCAGGAGCGCUACAAUGUCCUCUGUGACCUGCUGGAGCUGUGCUCCGAGGACAGCGGCCGCCUGCACGAGCGAGCUGUUGGCCUCACAGAGCUGGCCCAAGUGCUGUGCUACCACAGCUACUCCCAGCAGACAGACUGCUCCUCCCUAGACUCUAUCCAGGAAGCCUUGAGGCUGCUGGAGCUGGUGCCCAGGAGCACCCAGAACCGGGACCAGCUCCUCGAUGACCAGGCACAGGCUCUGCUCUGGCUCUACAUCUGCACCCUGGAGUCCAAGCUGGAGAAGAACAUAGAGAGGGAGCAAAGAGCCAAAGCUCAGGGGCUGAGGCGCACGGAGGACUUUGAGCCCAAUGAUCUCAACUACGAAGGCAGGCUGCUGGAGGAGGAGUUUCUGUAUGAGGGCAUCUCCUUCAACCUGGAGACAGAGACUGCUCUAUCCAAACACCUGGAUGAUGCCUUUGCCUUGUGGAAGCAGCUCCUGGCAGCACCAGGCAUCCCAGCUGUGCGCAGCCCUGAGCAGACUGUAGCCUCCCUGCGUCUUCUGGCAGCUCUUUACAAGCUGAUGGCCAAGCCCUUGCAAGCCCUGGAGAGCUACCUCCUGGUCAAAGCCCUGUGCAGUGCACUUGGAGACAGCCUGGGCACAGCCAAUGCCCUGUGCCAGGUCACCAGGCUGCUCUUCCAGCUGGAAUGCCCCAGCUAUGCCCAGCUUUUCCUGGAGGAGACAGAGUCCUGCCUGCGGAAAGCCGACAGCAAUGACAGUUCCUAUGUGGUGCUGCAGCAGAGCUGCCUCCUGCUGCGCAGUCACCUGUGCUGUGUCAGCCAGCAGAUUGAGGAGGGUCUCUCCCUGUUGCUGAAGGUGCUCCAGAACAUGGCCCUGCAGAAAGUCACCAAGGUCUGGUACCUGCUGCGAGCCCAGCUCCUGCAGCUGGUGGCCACCUACCUGAGCCUCCCCCUUGCCCACCUCUCACCGGAGCUCCGGCAGCAGAUCUUUGAGCAAGGAUGGAAGACACCCGAGACAGCUCUUGUUGAAGCCCAGAAGCUCUUCCGCAGCAUCAUCCUCCUGCUGAUGGGCAGCAGAGUGCUGGGAUGUCAGUCAACAGCCUCUGAUGGCCAGUUUGUGGAUUAUGGGGACAACCUGCUGCUGAAGUGGCAAGUGCUGGCUGAGGUGCUGGCCUGCUCGGAGCACGUCGUGGCUCUCCUCAGCAGGUUGGAGGUGGUGUGUAAAGCCAAAGCCUUCUGCCUGGAGGGCGUCAAGCUGGCCGUGAGACUGCAGGCCACACGCUGGUCUACAUCCUUCCUGGUGCUGAAGGCCCAGCUGGAGCUGCAGCAGAGCGAGCUGGAGCUGAGCCACUCGGACCUGCAGCAGGCUCUCUACAUCCUGGAGCCCGACACUGAGCUGGAAACCACCACAGAGCAGCACGGCCCCAUGAAGAUCCUGCCCAGGAAGGGCAAGCUGGAGGGCAGGAAGAAGCAGGACUCCAUCCCCGAGCCCCCUGGUGAAGAGGAGGGUUUCCUGAAGGGCCCCACACUGGCCUUUGUGGCCACCAUGAGUGAGCCGGUGCGGGUGGAUGCCCUCAGUGCCUCCCCGGAGCUGAAGCCAGUGAGGAGGAAGAGGCCGUCCUUCCUCAGGCACCCCACAGCCUGCCCCUGCUGCCUCUGCUCCGACCUCUGCCUCUCAGCCCUCGGCCUGCGCUGGCUCCUGUCCUGUGCCCAGGCUGAGCUAGCAGCGGGUGGCACGGCCAAGGGGCUGGCACUGCUCCGUGCCAUGGUGCCACGCUGUGCCACCGCGGCCACCCGCUUCACUGCCGAGCUGCAGGACAAGCUAUGGGGCACCAGCACCAACCGGGACCCACCUGCUCUGGAGCUGCUGCACGAUCUGGUGGCCUCUGCCUAUGCCACACUGGCCCUGCAGAGCUUGGCCAGCCCCGGCCUGGCUGAGGAGCUGGAGACAGGGCUGAAGUUCUUGGCAUCCUGCAGGCCACACGUGCCCAGCCUGGAGGUCUCCAGGGCCACCCUGCUGCUGGCCAAAGCCACGGCUGCCUUUAGCCACGGUGAUGGCAUCUUUGCCAGCUCUUGGAGCCAGCAGCUGCCUGCACCGGCUCCAGCAGAGCCUGAAGUGGUGCCUGUGCCCCAGGCCCUCAAGACAGCCAAGGCUCAGCCCCAAAGGAGCAAGAAGAAGACAACCAUGACCAUGCCCAAGCCCAGAGUGAAGAAGAGCCAAAGACCGAAGCCCUCAGCCAUGCCCAGCACCGAGGAUGUGUUUGCUCUGAGUGAUCUGGACACGGAGGUGCCCCCCAUCGUCAUCCGGCCGGUGCCGGUGCCCUGCACCCCACACCAGAGACCCCGGCCCCCCUCCAGGACCCCCUUCACCAUCUUCAGCGAGUCCUCCCCCCCCAGCAACAGGGCCCAGCUCCUGCGAGCACCCAGGGUGCUGGGGAGAGUCAAGACUCGCCUGCAGGUGACAUUCAGUGAUGACAGUGACCUGGAUGCUCCUGCAAUGGGGGGGACCCCCCCAGCUUCCCGCAAGGCCUCCUGCACCCAGAGAGCUCGGUCCCCCCGGCCCACAAGGGCCAAGGGGAGCUCACAGGGGCUCAGCACCCGCAGGAGCUGUGCCCAGCCCCGCAGAGGGCGGCCGGGCACCCGCAGGGCUGCCAGCAGGAGAGCAGAGGAGGAGUGUGAGCUUCCCAGGGCCACAGAGGCAGAGGAGAAGGGGGAGGAAGAGCUUCAGCUCAGCUUUGAGCUGUUGCAGGACUCCGAGGAGGAAGCCAAAGCCCCAGGCAGGAGGCAGCAGCCUCGGUGCAGGCAGGAAGGUGCAGGCAGGAAGAACAGGCAGCAGCAGGAGGCUGGGGAGGAUGUCCUGCACCCAGAGGGGACCCUGCCCACGGCUGCUGAUGACACCAUCCUCAAGCUCCUGAAGGAUGCUUUUAACUGCAUCAGCCACUGCCCUCCCAGCACCCUGCACAGCCAGCUCUGCCAGCUCCUGGCCCUGGCCACGGGCAGCCGGGACCCCCUCUCCACUGCAUACCUGCUCUCCGAGUCCUUCUCCAUCACCACCCGCCACCAACUGCUUGAUGUCAUCCACAGGAAGAUCCACAAAGGGAAGAAGUCAGUGGGGGACGUGGCCGAGCAGCUCAAGGGGCUGUGCCUGCAGGAGGGCAGCAGUGCCCAGCGCAGCCAGCACCUCGCUGAGCUCGAGAGGCUCUUCAUGUUCAGCUCCACGGGGCUGGGGCCUGAGGAACGGGACAGGUUUGGGAUGCAGCUGCAACAGAUCCCCAGUGGGGUGACCGUGUGCAUGUUGACCCUCGCCAGCACCCAGCCUGGCUCCAUAGGGGACACACUGCUGCUGACACGGCUGGAGAGGGGCAGCCCCCCUGUGAACAUCCGCAUCCCCAAGGCCCCACUGCGCUCAGUGCUGAGGGACUUUGACACCAUCCAGAAGGAGCAGAAGGAAGCCAAUGCCUGCACGGACAAGCAGGACUGGUGGCUGCGCCGCUUUGAGCUGGACCGCAGGAUGAAGAGCCUCAUUGAGACCCUGGAGCUGCAGGUGCUGGGCUGCUGGAGGGGGGUCCUGCUCCCCACCAGCCCCGAGCCCACUCUGGCAGAGGAAGCCUCCCAGUUGCACCCCCAGCUCCUCCAGUGCGGCUGGAGGGACACGGAUCCCACCCUGCUGAAGACCCUGCUGAAUGCUGCUCCCCUCCUCUCCCCCUGUGAUGUUCAAGCCGUGGCCUUCGGCCUCUGCUCAGAGCAGCCCCGUCGGGCUCAGCUCCUCUUGCAGGAGGCAAUGGAGAAGCUGAAAGCCUGCACCAAGCAGAGCAGCAGCUCCCUUGUCCUGGUGCUGGAUAAGCACCUCCAGAAGCUGCCCUGGGAGAGCAUGGGAUGCCUCAAGGCUGUGCCCGUCACCAGGCUCCCUUCCCUGCGCUUCCUGCUCAGCUACUCCCUGGCACAGAAGCAGGCAGGGUCUGUGCUGAGCCGUGGCGUGAACCCCAGCAGCACCUUCUACGUCCUCAACCCUCAUAGCAAUCUCAAGAGCACCGAGGAGCGGUUCCGGGGCUGGUUUGAGAGUGAACCCGGCUGGAAGGGGGUGACGGGAGCAGUCCCAAGCCCGGAGCAGAUGCAGGCAGCCCUCCUGGAGCACGACCUCUACAUCUAUGCCGGGCAUGGAGCCGGUGCCCGUUUCCUGGACGGACAGACCAUCUCCCGGCUGGAAUGCCGCGCUGUCACCCUGCUCUUCGGCUGCAGCAGCGCCCUGCUCGUGGUCAGAGGCAGCCUGGAGGGCUCCGGCAUCAUCCUCAAGUACAUCAUGGCCGGGUGCCCCUUGGUCCUGGGGAACCUGUGGGAUGUGACAGACCGGGACAUGGAUCGCUACGCACAGGCCCUGCUGGAGGGCUGGCUCCGGGGGGGCUCGGGGGCCCCUCUCCUGCACUACAUGGCCCAGGCUCGCCAAGCCCCUAAGCUCAAGUACCUCAUUGGGGCAGCCCCUGUUGCCUAUGGGCUGCCCGUGUGCCUGCAGUGAGGGCUGGGGGGGACCCUGAGCACUUGG